AUGUGUGGGCACAUUGACAUCAUGUGCGCACCCCGUGAUGAAGAUGUGUGGGUGGAGAAACAACAACACCAGACCACGCCGAUGUGGCCUUGUCACUUCCUGCCUGAACAGAGAAGGAGGGCUCCAACACCUCACCAAGAUAUGCACCGGCUCCUCCGUCUUACAGGCUUGGUCCUAACCGGUGUCAUUGAUGUCCUAGGUCCAGCAGCAUUUGAUCCUGAACUGUCCCGCCAUGGUCCCCCACUGGAUCUUCGUACUGGACUCUGCAAAAGCCGCAACGGUGGCCUGGAUCUUCUGGUCCUCCACGGAGACACUUCAGUUUCAGUCUUAUAG